AUGUUUCGUUUAUCAAUUAAACAUCUAUUCAAAUUAACUAUCUAUCAAACAAGAUUUCUUGUUACAGAUUCUACACAAACUAUACAACAAAAACAUAAUAUACUCUAUGGUAAACCAAUAGCUGAACGUAUAUUAAAUAGAUGUCAAAAUGAAUGUAUAGAAUUUAUUGAAAAAUAUAAACGUCGUCCACAACUUGUUGCUAUACUUGUUGGUGGAAAUGAAUCUAGCAAAUUAUAUGUACGAAAUAAACAACGUAUCGCCGAACGUAUUGAAUUUCAUGUUAUUAAUCAUUUAAUGCAUGUAACAUCAUUAAAUUUAUUAAAUACAAUUCAACAAUUAAAUAAUGAUGAUAAUGUUGAUGGUAUUAUUCUUCAAUUACCAUUACCAUUACAUAUUAUUGAUAAAACUGAAGAAUUUAUUAAUUGUAUUCGUUCAGAUAAAGAUGUUGAUGCUCAUUCAAUAUUAAAUUAUAAUUUAUAUAGACAAAAAUCAAUAUCAUUAAUAACUAUACCUGUUGUAGCUGCUGUUCGAGAAAUAUUACUUGAAAUAAAUGAACCAUUACAAGGAAAAGAUAUUGUUGUUAUUGGACGUUCAAAAUAUGUUGGUACACCAUUAGCACUUAUGCUUAGUCAAACAGUAGCUGAUUCAAAAAAUAGUUUAGUUAGUGAUGCAACUGUAACAAUAUGUCAUCGUGAUACACAUAUUAAUAAUUUAACAUGGUAUUGUAAACAUGCUGAUAUUAUUGUAUCAGCUGUUGGUCGUCCAAAACUUGUAACACAUCGUAUGAUUAAAGAAGGUGCUAUUGUUAUUGAUGUUGGUAUAUCAAAGAGUUGGACAGAUAAAGCUGUAAUGCAAAAUAAACGUUUUGUUGGUGAUGUUGAUUUUGAUGAAGUAAAACGUAUUGCUCGAUGGAUAACUCCAGUUCCCGGUGGUGUUGGUCGAGUAACAGUAGCUUGUCUAAUAUCAAAUUUACUUGAAUUAGCACGACAAAGAAAAAAAAUGAAAUAA